GGUAGCCAAAGAUUUUUCCUGUUUUCCCUUUGGUGGAUAUUAACGGUUGAGGGAAAGGUGAAAGUCCCUAGAACGAAGGUUACGAGUGGUAUCAGCGAGUGCAGCCACUACAUAAGCGGUCCAAAUAUAAAAGUGAGUUAUAGUCGUAUAUAA